AUGUUUUGGACAAGAUAUGCUGGAGCAAGUAUUGUUUUUAUGCUUAUUCGUCUUGGACAACUGUAUCCAAGAAAUGAUAUGAAUAACUUUGGAUGUGAGGAGUGCAAACUCAAGGAGAACAACAUUUUCUCAAAACCUGGAGCUCCUGUCUAUCAGUGUAUGGGAUGCUGCUUUUCUAGGGCUUACCCCACGCCCCUGAGGUCCAAGAAAACCAUGCUUGUUCCAAAAAAUAUCACAUCAGAAGCUACAUGCUGUGUAGCCAAAGAAGUUAAACGGGUGCUUGUCAAUGAUGUCAAACUAGUGAACCACACAGACUGCUACUGCAGUACCUGCUACUAUCAUAAGUCUUAAAAAAAAACAUUGUGACAUUCAAGAUUUGCUUGUGUUUGCCUAAAACUAGUUAUAUUCCAGUCUACCUGUCAUUUUACGCCACUUAUUAGAAUUUUGUUAGCUGUGCUUAUUUACUUUUCUACCAUGUAAAUUGUCAAGGCUGGGUGUUUUUUCCACCACUUCUUUUUCAAAAGGUUGCAAUCAUUAUUGCAACCAACAUUUUAAGAGCACAUAAUGUGAUAUUUUAUCACUAAUAAAAUGCAAGAAAACACCAUCACUGCACCCUGCUUGUUAGU